CUACCCACAGCACUUUCUCUGUCCUGCAGAAGCACAAAAUAAGACGCUCGCAGUUUCACUAGAAAACUUUUGAUUUGAUUUUAAUUUAUUUAUGUUUCCAUUAAUGAGUUAUUGAAGAUUUGAAGUAUCAGCAGCAGCAGAAGAAGAUAGUAACAGUAACCUAAUUAUUAAUUAAUUAUGGGAGUUCCCGCGUUUUAUAAAUGGUUAGCGGAUAGAUAUCCCUUAUCGAUCUCUGAUGUUAUUGAAGAUGAAUCUUCAACUGUUGUUGAUGUAACUAAACCAAACCCUAACAAUAUCGAAUUUGAUAAUCUAUAUCUGGAUAUGAACGGAAUUAUUCAUCCUUGUUUUCAUCCCGAAGGAAAGCCUUCACCUGCCACAUAUGAUGAUGUCUUUAAAUCGAUAUUUGACUAUAUCGAUCAUUUAUUUACGUUGGUUCGCCCAAGAAAGCUUCUCUAUAUGGCAAUUGAUGGGGUUGCUCCAAGAGCGAAAAUGAACCAGCAGAGGACACGGCGUUUCAGAGCUGCAAAAGAUGCUUCUGAGGUAGCAGCUGAAGAAGAAAGAUUGAAGGAGGAGUUUGAGAAAGAAAGAAGAGGAUUGGAGCUUAAAAAGAAGCCGGAAACGGCUGAUUCAAAUGUCAUUACUCCAGGAACUCCAUUCAUGGCUGUGUUGUCCACCGCCCUUCAGUAUUACAUACACUCUAGGCUGAACCACCAUCCUGGGUGGUGUUACACUAAGGUUAUUCUUUCUGAUUCAAAUGUUCCUGGUGAGGGUGAGCACAAGGUCAUGUCCUACAUUCGCUUACAGAGGAAUCUUCCCGGUUACAAUCCAAACACAGUGCAUUGUCUUUAUGGCCUGGAUGCUGAUCUAAUUAUGUUGUCACUGGCUACUCACGAGGUUCACUUUUCCAUAUUAAGAGAGGUUAUCACGUACCCAGGGCAACAAGAAAAAUGUUAUGCAUGUGGCCAAGUUGGUCAUCUUGCAGCCGAGUGCUACGGCAAGCCCACUGAAAAAGAUGAAACACCGAUUCACAAGAAGAAAUAUCAGUUUCUCAACAUCUGGGUGUUGCGAGAGUAUUUACAGUAUGACAUGGACAUUCCCAAUCCCCCGUUUGUGAUAAACUUUGAAAGGAUAAUCGACGAUUUUGUUUUCCUGUGUUUUUUUGUUGGCAAUGAUUUCCUUCCUCACAUGCCAACACUGGAAAUACGUGAGGGUGCUAUUACUCUACUCAUGCAUGUAUAUAAAAAAGAGUUUACUGCUAUGGGUGGUUAUCUUACAGAUGCUGGCGAGGUCUUACUGGAUAGGGUAGAACAUUUUGUUCAGUCGGUUGCAGUACACGAAGAUCAAAUCUUUCAGAAGCGUGCUCGUAUUCAACAGGCACAAGAAAAUAGGAGAGCAAAUUCUGAUGAACCCCAAACGCUGCUAGUAGACAAGGUAAAAUUAGGGGAGCCGGGAUACAAAGAAAGGUACUACGUAGAGAAAUUUGAUCUGUCAAGCGCAGAGGAGAUUGAUAAAGUCAAAGAUGACGUUGUGUUGAAGUAUGUGGAAGGUCUUUGCUGGGUGAUGCGGUAUUACUAUCAUGGCGUUUGCUCCUGGCAAUGGUAUUAUCCAUACCAUUAUGCUCCUUUUGCUUCUGAUCUGAAAGAGUUGGUUGAGUUAGAAAUUACUUUCUUUUUGGGACGGCCAUUCAAACCCUUCGAUCAGUUAAUGGGAACCCUACCGGCUGCCAGCUCGAAUGCUUUGCCUAAGCACUACAGGGCGUUAAUCAUCGAUCCAUCAUCUCCAAUAAGUCACUUUUAUCCUGAUGAUUUUGAGGUUGACAUGAAUGGUAAAAGAUUCGCUUGGCAGGGUGUUGUGAAGUUGCCAUUCAUCAAUGAAACCGAACUGCUAGCCCAAACAGAUAAGCUUGAGGAAACUCUAACGGUGGAAGAAAAAGCUCGAAAUAGUCUGAUGCUGGAUUUGCUUUAUGUUUCUGUAAAUCACCCCUUGGCUCCCCAAAUAUCCUCGUACUACUACUACCUUUCGUCCAUGCCACCUAAAGAAAUAAGAUAUGCUCGUGAGAUUGAUACAAAUGUUAGUGGUGGAAUGAAUGGUUACCUUUGGAUAGGUGAGAGGAAUGGCCACAGGGGUACAAUUCCAUCCCCAAUUCAGGGGUUGGGAAAUAUUGUCAAUAACCUAGUCUUAAAUGCAUCUUAUCUGAACCCUGAACCCCAUAGACACAUUCCAGAACCUCCCAAAGGUGUAGUCAUGCCCGUAAAGGUUGUGGGACCAUAUGAUGUAAAACCUUUUCCUGUGCUAUGGCACGAAGAUAAUAGCAGGCGUCAACAAGGGAGAGAGAGGCAGCCGGUGCCGCGGGCAAUAUCAGGCUCUUAUUUGGGAGAAGCAGCACAUAGAUUGUUGAAGAACACACUGAAUAUUAAAUCCAACCCCUCUUCCCCUGGAUUAUUGGAUCAUCCACCUCAACGGUAUUCCCCAAACAACCAAACAGCAAGCAGGCAUAGACCAUCUGGACCUUCAGGGCAUGAAAGAGGAUAUACCCAAGAUCCUAAUUAUUUAUAUGGACAGCACAACAGUAAUCCUAGAGGUAAUAUCAUUGUUAGCUCUAGAUCAGCUCCUUCUGCUUUCAUGGAACUGCCAAGAGGACAUAAUUUUAGGACACAAGAUCAAUUUGCAUAUGUAGAGCAACAAGACCAUAUCUUACAUACAGCACCAAUCCCACAUGCUGGGGUCUCACCUAGGAUGCUGAUGCCUGGGCAUAUGUCAAACCAGCAUCAGCAGUUCUAUCAGAAUGUGAGCCAACCACCAAAGCCACCUACUAAUUGGAUUGAUAAGCAAGCUUAUGGAAACACUGGAAUGUACAUGAGACAGCAAAAUGCUGUGCCACCUGGUGUAGCAUUACUACAAGAGAAGCAAGUAAGAAGGGUAUACCAAGCUAGACCCUCAGAUGCUAACCAGUAGAUAUAUUUUUUUACAUUCUGGUUUUGCAUCUGCGAUGGAGGGUUGUAUGAUAGGUAUGAGUGAAGGUCUUGUUGGAAGAAUUUUGAAGAGAUAUUGCUUAGGGGAGGCAACAUGGAAAGAUGCCCUAUGAAUUUUGAAGAGAUAUUACAAGGUAAAGACGGUCUGUAAAAAAUCUCAAUUUUGUAGAGUUUUCUUAUUCUGUUUCCCAAAUGACUAGAACAAGGUUAGCUACUAUUAAUUAGUUAAGCGAGAUUAUUAUUAGUUGCUGAGAGUCGGAUCCUGCCAUGAGUUACAACCACCUGUAUACCCUGCCCGGUCUCACCAAAUACUUUUACUUGCGAGUUAUGACUGCCUUGCGCACCGGCUACAAGUGUUAUCCUACUGUUU